AUGUCCCUUUUGCGUCAAAAGUCUAGACACACGACAGCGGACAAUCCGCAUGCCAGGACACAUCGAGAAUUAGAGGUGUAUCCCUCUGAUUCAUCCACUCAAGACGGUGAUAUAGAACCUGAAGAAUUAGAAGAGCAGGAAGAACAUUUCGAUGAUAGGGAAGGGCGAAAAUCUCCUGCAGCCCUGUUUGGCAGUCAGCGCAUCGGUGCAGUCGUUUUACCUUUUGAGUUGCAGACCGCUAUCACUCGCCUCAUAGCUGAUUCGGAUAAGCAUGCUCUGCGCUCCGAUGCCACACGCCUUUUCAUGCACGAUAAAGGCAAUGGCGAGGAUUGGGACACUUCUUAUAAAGUUCAGUACAAGUCGCGCAAACAAGCAGGCCGUCAUGCUGAGCGAGACGGGACCGCCUUUGCUUCUGUUGCCCUCCCAUCUCACUAUGCCGCUAUUUUUGCUGUUUUAGAUCACGCCAAACGAAGGCUUGGACCUGAGUGGAAAAUCAAACGAGUCAUUGAUUGGGGUUGCGGGACAGGUGCAGGCUUGUGGGCAACAUCACACUCGUUCCGUGAUCAACUACAUCAACAAGCCCAUCCAGAUAGCGAUGAUGCACAGCUUGCGGAAAGCACCGUUUCAGAAUACCUUGGCAUUGAUAAACGAGAUGGUCUUAUCAACAUUGGGAAGAAUUUGGUGAAAGAUGUCAACCCAUCUGGACUAAGUCUUUCAUGGCAAAAGUCAUUCCACGACGAUGACAAGAUUUCUCGGUCAAAUGGAGAGGAUGUCAUUGGUUUAUCCGCAUUCAUGCUGUCUUCAUUAUCCACUUCCCUGGCCAGAAAGACGCUCGUCAAGGGGAUGUGGGAGAGUGGUGCAGGUGUAAUGGUCUUGAUUGAUCAUAGCUCUACCUCUGGGUUCGAAGCCAUUGCAGAAGCUCGAGACUUCUUGUUGCGUAUGGGUCGAAAGGAACUGGAGGACCCUGAAACAGAAUCAUGGCAUGUCAGAGGCUGUCAUGUCGUCGCGCCCUGCCCUCAUGAUGGUUCAUGUCCUCUCUACCACCCAGGUGCAAGCAAAUUAGUUUGUGGAUUUUCCCAGAGACUCCAACGACCUAAAUUUGUUCGAAAAACAAAAAAUUCUGGUGUCGGACAUGAAGAUACUGGGUAUUCUUACGUCGUCAUUAGAAGAGGUAGUAGGCCGAUUCCGCCUGGAACCAAAGUCGGCCGGAUUGGUGACGUUGGUAAACGUGAGAUUGCAAAAUUGGCUUCCAAGCAGACACCGGUGCAAGAGCUCAUCAUUGACCAUGAGCAGAGGCACACCACUGAGGUGCCUUUGUCUGCGUCAGACUCUAGUGUGGAACUCUUAACAGCGGAACCGCACGCACCCACAAGAGCACAGCCAAUAAAGAAGUGGCCGGAAACACAAGUGGAAGAUGCUCUUCGUCUCGAAGCUUAUUCGUGGCCUCGCCUUGUAUUCCCUCCCCUCAAACGUAGUGGCCACAUCAUCCUGGAUGGCUGUACAAGAGAAGGUAAAAUAAUGCGAAUGACCGUUCCAAAAUCACAGGGGAAGCAACCGUACUAUGAUGCCCGAAAGUCAAAUUGGGGUGAUAUAUUUCCUCAUGCACCUAAGAAUGCACCGCAAGAACGCUAUCAGCCAUCCCGCGCUAAAGGAGCAACUACGCCAGCCAAAGGUGAGGACAUCGGUAAACGCAGAAAAGCAUAUCCCCAGGCCGUAGAUUAUGCCCAGUUGUCUGCUGAGAUAGAAGAGCAAAAACGAAGACAAAGGAGGCAGCGUUCACGAGUAGCUAGCGGUUGGAGUGAGGAAUAA